CGAUUCCCAUAGAAAACAAUAAGUCGACUUCUAAACUAAACCGGAUAAAUGUGUGUAAGUCCAUAACUAAUCCCUCAGACGGGAAACAGAUUCUAAAUGCUUCGUCGUGGAGAGGAUGGGCUUGGGAGAAUGCAAUGAGCCCGCAGUACACCAAACCGCUGGUAUAAAAGAGAAUAACCAUGAAAAUACUUUGAAAGAGUGCACUUCAAAAAUGGGACAAGCUUGUAGUGGGCUUUAUUGCUCUUGUUGGACAAAUUGCUCUUGUUGUCACUGUAACCACUCUUCUGCGCCUCCAAGAUAUGCUCGCUACACAGCAGACAGCGACGUAGACUACGACAAAAUUGUUGGAGAAUUGCUUGAACUUGACCCUAUACAAUUCGAUAAAGAAACUGGAAUUGCCAAAAUAAGCACUUGGAUUGAGACGAUUAUUCCUAUUGCUGGAUUGCCUCAGAGCUUCAUCGCUGUUAGUCAAGCAAAAUGCAUAAAAUACUGGCAAGCCAUUCAGAAUAAACCGGCGGCCAAGUUGAGUGGAUCGUACGUUCGAUUUUCGUUUGAGAAACGACCUAAUGGAGAACUGCCUCGCUUAUUGAUAGAACAUAAAGGGAAAUCUGUCAUUGUUAGAAGUCCGAGAGAACACUCAAAAUUAAAGGAUUCAAAUUAUCCUGAAGUUCGGGUCUAAAAUAAAACAAUGAAGAAUGAAAGUAAAGGGAUUUAUGCGAGGAAAUUCGAGAGCGUUCCAAAUUUCUACUACAAAAUGAGAGUAGCAACGCCAACAAUUGAACCAGAUGUUACCAAACACUCGAGUUCAUUAAUUACAAAGAAAUGAAUUUUAAAACAUUCUAGGCUAUUUAUUUGCAUGAUAUUCUUUAAGUUAAUAAUUUUGCUUUAUUAGGUAUUCUUUCGAUCAAUUCUUUCCCUAGUGACGUUUAAAUACCUACUCUGCUAGCAUCUAAAAGGUUCAGUGAUUCAACAUAGAAGUGUUGGAAGACCACCUAUUAUUUAUAUAUAAGCGCUUUAAAACGAUUACCAUAUUUUCCAGACAUGAAUUCAUAACCCAAAAAUACAGUGAAACCACACAGUGCACAAUGGUGUCAGACAGAAAAGUUUCUAAGAUCUCUCGUCCUAAAAUGACAAAUUUUUGGCCAGUAAACUAUUAGAUCUGUGCUAAACUAGAUAUCAGGCUUCAUCAUUUUAAGUAUAUCUAGACAGCCAGACAUCAAAUCAUUUAGCAACUCAGUCUAAAUAGACCUUUUUAGAUUCGUAUGCAUAUUGCCCAUUCCAGAUCACAUAACAUUCCCUUGAUAAUUGUUCUCUUAUGACGAACGUUAAAAUAUUUACACAUGAAAUAAAGAAUUAACUGCCAUCACAUGAUUUGAGUGCACAACAAAGCUAAAAAGGACUAUCUAAACAGCUUUCAUUUAGGGGUACACAGGGUAUAAAAGGGGGCAGCAAAUAGUCCCCUUCACAGAUCCCUACUCAGGAUAACAAACCCUUGAGUAUUAUUUAUUUUCCUCUUAAAAAUAAUGUUUUACCAUAUUGCUUUUUUUUUAAAAAAAAUCAGGAUCGAUAGUGUUUUCCCAGUGACCACAUACCAUCCAAUUCCUUGAGUAUUAUUUACUUCUUUACUGGUAACACUUUAGAAGUGAAAUUGACAUUGAUGUGACAGUAUAAGAAAAACUGCCAAGAUAAAUACUAGGAAUAUAAUAAUACAAUGGAACAUACAAAUAAAAAACUAAGUACAUUCAGAUCCAAAACUCCUAGAUCAAUGGAAGACACAAAAAGCCUAGAUUGGUAGUAAAUUAUUAUCAAGAUUCAUUAAUUUUAGUUACAGAUAUUUAUUUGCAUUCUGUUUUAAAACAUAAUAAUGUUUUUGUCUAUAAUAAUAAGAAUUGAUGA